GGCCGCCAUCACCCGUCACGUGACCGGAAGCCACCACACACCACCCCGAGGUGGGCGGGGCUCCCACCGGAAGUGCCGCCUCCCCUCACGGCCAAGAUGGCGGCGCGGCGCGGCGCCUCCCGAGCCCGGGCCCCGAAUCGCCCCCGGGCCGCGAACCGCGACCGGCCCCGGCCCCGGGCCCGCAAUCGCCACACGGCGGACGCGGAGCCCUCCGGGCGCGUGUACCUGCCCGGGGCGGGGCCGCCGCUGGGUCCCGAUGAGGAGCUGGUGAUGGAUGAGGAGGCGUACGUGAUGUAUCACCGCGCUGGCACCGGGGCGCCGUGCCUGAGCUUUGACGUAGUGCGGGACGGGCUCGGGGAGGGGCGCGAGGAGCCGCCGCUGUCGGUGCUGCUCUGCGCCGGCACCCAGGCCGAGACCCCCAGCGCCAACCGGGUGCUGCUGCUGCAGAUGCAGAACCUGCACGGGAUGAGGGGCAGGAAGGACAGUGACAGUGACAGUGACAGUGACAGCGACAGCGAGGAAGAUGAGGAGGAGGAGGGGCGGGAGCCGCAGCUGCUGCUCCUCAUGGCCCCCCACUACGGGGGGGUCAACAGGCUGAGGGUGACGUCCCUCGGGGGGUCCCCGAUCGCGGCCGUGUGGUCGGAGCGGGGCCAGGUGGAGGUGCUGGCCCUGGAGGGGGCCCUGAGGGUCCUGGGGAUGCAAUUUGGGGAGGGGGAUUCGGGCAGGGGGCCCAAGAGCGUCCAGCAGGGAGCCCUGCCCGCCCUGGCCACCUUCAGCGGCCACCUGGACGAAGGCUUCGGGCUGGACUGGAGCCCCCAGAGCCCCGGCCGGCUGCUGUCGGGGGACGUGCGCGGGCGCAUCCAUCGCUGGGAGCCGCGCGAGGCCGGCUGGGCCGUGGACCAGCGGCCGCUGCUCGGCCACAGCGGCAGCGUGGAGGACAUCCAGUGGUCCCCCUGCGAGGCCUCGGUGUUCAUCUCGUGCUCCUCGGACGCCUCCAUCCGCGUGUGGGACGUGCGGGCGCCGCCGGCCCGCGCCUGCCAGCUCAGCGUGGCCUCGGCCCACCAGGGCGACGUCAACGUGCUCAGCUGGAGCCGGCGCGACGCGGCCGCGCUGCUCAGCGGCGGCGACGACGGCGCCCUGCGCCUCUGGGACCUGAGGAGCAUCCGGCUGAGCUCGUCGUGCGUGGCCACCUUCAAGCAGCACCGCGGGCCCAUCACGUCCGUGCAGUGGCACCCGGGCGAGAGCGGCGUGCUGGCGGCCGCGGGCGAGGACGACGUGGUGACGCAGUGGGACCUGGGCGUGGAGAGGGACCCCGAGGUGGGCGAGGGUCCCGGGGACGGGGAGGGGCUGCGGGAGCUGCCGCCGCAGCUGCUGUUCCUGCACCAGGGGGAGCGGGAGGUGAAGGAGCUGCACUGGCACCCGCAGUGCCCCGGGCUGCUGCUGUGCACUGGCCGCGAGGGCAUCGCCGCCUUCCGCACCAUCAGCGUCUGAGAGCCAAAAUUUGGGGUGAAAUCAGCCAAAAUUGGGGUCAGGAAUGCUCAAAAUUGGGGUAGGAACAGCAGGGAUUGGCACCCGCAGUGCCCCGGGCUGCUGCUGUGCACUGGACGUGAGGGCAUCGCCGCCUUCCGCACCAUCAGUGUGUGAGGGCUGAAUUUGGGGUGAUUUCAGCUGAAUUUGGGGUCAGGAAUGCUCAAAAUUGGGAUAGGAAUAGCGGGGAUUGGCACCCGCAGUGCCCCGGGCUGCUGCUGUGCACUGGACGUGAGGGCAUCGCCGCCUUCCGCACCAUCAGCGUGUGAGAGCCAAAAUUUGGGGUGAAAUCAGCCAAAAUUGGGGUCAGGAAUGCUCAAAAUUGGGGUGGGAAUAGGAGGGAUUGGCACCCGCAGUGCCCGGGGCUGCUGCUGUGCACCGGCCGCGAGGGCAUCGCCGCCUUCCGCACCAUCAGCGUGUGAGAGCCAAAAUUUGGGGUGAAAUCAGCCAAAAUUGGGGUCAGGAAUGCUCAAAAUUGGGGUGAAAUCAGAUAGAAUUUGGGAAGGAACCCCCUGGGAUUGGCACCCGCAGUGCCCCGGGCUGCUGCUGUGCACUGGACGUGAGGGCAUCGCCGCCUUCCGCACCAUCAACGUGUGAGAGCCAAAAUUUGGGGUGAAAUCAGCCAAAAUUGGGGUCAGGAAUGCUCAAAAUUGGGAUAGGAAUAGCAGGGAUUGGCACCCGCAGUGCCCCGGGCUGCUGCUGUGCACUGGACGUGAGGGCAUCGCUGCCUUCCGCACCAUCAGUGUGUGAGGGCUGAAUUUGGGGUGAAAUCAGCCAAAAUUGGGGUCAGGAAUGCUCAAAAUUGGGGAAGGAACCCCCUGGGAUUGGCACCCGCAGUGCCCCGGGCUGCUGCUGUGCACGGGACGUGAGGGCAUCGCCGCCUUCCGCACCAUCAGCGUGUGAGGGCUGAAUUUGGGGUGAUUUCAGCUGAAUUUGGGGUGAUUUCAGCCGGAAUUGGGGUCAGGAAUGCUCAAAAUUGGGGUGGGAACAGCGGGGAUUGGCACCCGCAGUGCCCGGGGCUGCUGCUGUGCACUGGGCGUGAGGGCAUCGCCGCCUUCCGCACCAUCAGUGUGUGAGAGCCAAAAUUUGGGGUGAUUUCACCUGAAUUUGGGGUGAUUUCACCUGAAAUUGGGGUGGGAAUAGCAGAGAUUGGCACCCGCAGUGCCCCGGGCUGCUGCUGUGCACCGGCCGUGAGGGCAUCGCUGCCUUCCGCACCAUCAGCGUCUGACAGCCAAAAUUUGGGGUGAUUUCACCUGAAUUUGGGGUGAUUUCAGCUGAAUUUGGGGUCAGGAAUGCUCAAAUUUGGGGUGGGAAUAGCAGGGAUUGGCACCCGCAGUGCCCCGGGCUGCUGCUGUGCACUGGACGUGAGGGCAUCGCUGCCUUCCGCACCAUCAGUGUGUGAGAGCCGAAAUUUGGGGUGAUUUCAGCUGAAUUUGGGGUCAGGAAUGCUCAAAAUUGGGGUGAAAUCAGCCAAAAUUGGAGUGGGAAUAGCGGGGAUUGGCACCCGCAGUGCCCGGGGCUGCUGCUGUGCACCGGCCGCGAGGGCAUCGCCGCCUUCCGCACCAUCAGCGUCUGAGGGCUGAAUUUGGGGUGAAAUCAGCCAAAAUUGGGGUCAGGAAUGCUCAGAAUUGGGGUGGGAAUAGCAGGGAUUGGGGAAGGAACCCCCUGGGAUUGGCACCCGCAGUGCCCCGGGGCUGCUGCUGUGCACUGGCCGCGAGGGCAGCGCCGCCUUCCGCACCAUCAGCGUCUGAGAGCUGAAUUUGGGGUGAAAUCAGCUGAAUUUGGGGUGAUUUCAGCCGGAAUUGGGGUGAAAUCAGCCAAAAUUGGGAUGAAAUCAGCCAAAAUUGGGGUGGGAACAGCAGGGAUUGGCACCCGCAGUGCCCAGGGCUGCUGCUGUGCACUGGACGUGAGGGCAUCGCUGCCUUCCGCACCAUCAGCGUGUGAGGGCUGAAUUUGGGGUGAAAUCAGCUGGAAUUGGGGUCAGGAAUGCUCAAAAUUGGGGUGGGAAUAGCAGAGAUUGGCACCCGCAGUGCCCGGGGCUGCUGCUGUGCACUGGACGUGAGGGCAUCGCCGCCUUCCGCACCAUCAGCAUGUGAGAGCCAAAAUUUGGGGUGAAAUCAGCCAAAAUAGGGGUGAAAUCAGCCAAAAUUGGGGUCAGGAAUGCUCAAAAUUGGGGUGAAAUCAGAUAGAAUUGGGGUGGGAACAGCAGGGAUUGGCACCCGCAGUGCCCGGGGCUGCUGCUGUGCACUGGACGUGAGGGCAUCGCCGCCUUCCGCACCAUCAGCAUGUGAGAGCCAAAAUUUGGGAUGAAAUUACCCAAAAUUGGGAUGAAAUCAGACCGAAUUCAGGUGAAAUCAGCCAAAAUUGGGGUCAGGACUGCUCAAAAUGGAGGUGGGAACUGUUGAAGUUGAAAUGGGAUCCCAAAAUGGGGCCGGAAUCCUCCUGAAAAUGGGGAUGGGACACGGUCGGAAUGUGGAUGGGGAAGCUGCAAAAAUGAGGAUAAAACACCCCCAAAAAUGAGGGUGAAACACCCCCAAAAAUGAGGGUGAAACACGCCAAAAAUGAGGCUGAAACACCCCAAAGAAUGAGGGUGAAACACCCCCAAAAAAUGAGGAUAAAACAUCUCCAAAAUGAGGGUGAAACACCCCCAAAAAUGAGGAUGAAACACCCCCAAAAUGAGGAUGAAACACCCUCAAAAAUGAGGAUAAAACACCCCCAAAAUAAGAAUGAAACACCCCAAAAAUGGGAGCGAGAUCCUCACAAAAUGGGGGUGGGAAUUCGGGACCCCCCCCAAAUGGGUCAGGGAUCCCCCCUAAAACAGGGAGGGGACCCCUCCCAAACAAGGAUGGAGACCCCAAAUUGGGGAAUAACCCACCCCCCAAAUUCAGGGGUCUGAGCCCCAAAUUCAGGGGUUCUCUGCCCCAAAUUCAGGGGUCUGUGCCCCCCAAAUUCAGGGGUCUGUGCCCCCCAAAUUCAGGGGAUCCUGCUCCCCAAAUUCAGGGGGUCUCUGCCCCAAAUUCAGGGGUCUGUUCCCCCCAAAUUCAGGGGUCUGUGCCCCCCAAAUUCAGGGGUCUGUGCUCCCCAAAUUCAGGGGGUCUGUGCCCCAAAUUCAGGGGUCUGUGCCCCCCAAUUUCAGGGGGUCCCGGCCCCAAAUUCAUGGGGUUUGUCCCCCACAACACAACGCUGCCACCCACCAGCGAAACUUCACCAAAAACUCCAAAAAUCAACUUUAUUUUUAAUAUUAAAAAUUAAAAAUCACCUUUCUACUUCGAUCAUUCACCAUCCUUAUCCCCCACAACACAACGCUGAUACCCCAUAACAAAAACCUCGGCGCACAACAACUCCAAAAAUCAAUUUUAUUUUAUUUCAGUGUUCAAAUAAAAACCGAUUUUAUUUCGCGCCUUUCCCGCGAAGCGCGGGAAAAACGAAGCGCGGGAAAA